UGCUGGCACUGGCGGGGCCUGGCAGAAGCUGAAAUCCAUCCAGAGAUGACAGGGAAGAGUGUCGGUGUCUUCCCGCCAGAGCCCGUUGGCCAACAGGCAGCCGGCUGCCAGCCGUCUCCUCCCUCCCUCGGCUUGUCCCCGGCCCCCUGGGGCGGCUGCCCGCUCAGAGCCGAUCGGGUGUCAGAGCAGAGCGCUGGGAGCUGGCGGCCGGGAGAGGGUAACUGGAGUCGGCGCUGCACAGGGUGGCUGGUGCUGGGGCGCAGCUGCAGGAGGUGGCCGGGGACCAGGAGACGCGGGGACGCCGGCCAUGAAGACCCUCCGGGCGCGGUUUAAGAAGACGGAGAGCCAAGACUGGGGCAAGGGCGACGAGCGGCUGCUGCAGGCCGUGGAGAACAGCGACGCCGGCCGCGUGGCCGCCCUCAUCUCCCGCAAGGGGCUGGUGCCCACGAAGCUGGACCCCGAGGGCAAGUCUGCGUUCCACCUGGCGGCCAUGAGGGGCGCGGGCAGCUGCCUGGAGGUGAUGCUUUCGCACGGCGCCAAUGUCAUGAGCACGGACGGGGCAGGCUACAGCGCUCUCCACCUAGCCGCCAAGUACGGGCACCCGCAGUGCUUGAAGCAGCUGCUGCAGGCCUCCUGCGCGGUGGACGUCGUGGACAGCAGUGGGUGGACCGCCCUGCACCACGCAGUGGCUGGUGGCUGUCUCUCCUGUUCAGAGAUGCUCUGCUCCUUCAAGGCGCAUCUGAACCCCCGCGAUCCGUCUGGUGCAACGCCCCUCAUUAUAGCAGCUCAGAUGGGUCACACAGACCUGUGCCGCCUCCUCCUGCAGCGGGGGGCUGCCGCGAAUGACCAGGACCUGCAGGGCAGGACGGCCCUGAUGCUGGCCUGCGAGGGGGCCAGCCCCGAAACCGUGGAGGUGCUGCUCCAGGCUGGGGCCCAGCCGGGCAUCACCGACGCGCUGGGACAGGACGCGGCUCACUACGGCGCCCUGGCAGGGGACAAACUCAUCCUCCACCUGCUGCAGGAGGCGGCCCGGCGCCCCUCCCCGCCCAGCGAGGAUGACUCGGGCGAAGCGUCGUCUCAGAACUCUGUGUCCAGCCAUGAAAAGCGGGGGGCCCCCAAGAAGCGGAAGGCGCCGCAACCCCCCGCCAGCGCCCCUGUGCCGGACGACCGAGACGCCUAUGAAGAGAUCGUGAGGCUGCGGCAGGAGAGGGGCCGCCUCCUGCAGAAGAUCCGGGGGCUGGAACAGCACAAGGAACAGAGGAAGCAGGAGCCACCAGAGGCGGAGGCCGGCUCCCUGCACAGCCUGGAGAGGCAGGUGCAGGAGCUGCAGCGGCUGCUGGCGGAGAGGCAGCAGGAGAAGGAGAGCCUGGGCCGCGAGGUGGAGAGCCUGCAGAGCCGCCUGUCGCUGCUGGAGAACGAGCGGGAGAACACCAGCUACGACGUGUCCACCCUGCAGGACGAGGAGGGCGAGCUGCCCGACUUCCCAGGGCCCGAGGCCCUGCUGUCCAGGCGGCUGAGCCCGUCGGCCCAGGAGCGCCUGGCCUCGCUGCAGGAGCAGGUGGCGGCACUCACCAGGCAGAACCGCGAACUGAUGGAGAAGGUCCAGAUCCUGGAGGAGUUCGAGAAGGACGAGACGCAGAUGGGGGCGGCUGGCCCCGCGGAGGUCGUCCCUCUGGCCCGCUACGACGCUCUCCGGGCCGAGUUGGAGCAGCUGCGCGGGCAGCACGCCGAUGCCCUGUGCGCGCUGAGGCAGCUGCAGGCACAGGAGGCCUUGGGGCACGAGGAGGCGGCUUGCAGGGAGGGCCAGGUUGCAGGGACCAAGGCCACGGAAAAUGGGCUGACAGACUUGGGGCUCAAUGGCGCUGCCGCUCCAGGAACCAAAGUGAAUGGCACCGAGACCGCAGACGAGGACGCCACGGGAGCUGGAACCACAGACGCCAGGGCUUUGGACGCUGCGUCCACGGGAACCGAGGCCACAGAAACCGAAGCCAUGGCGGCUGCGGGCAUGAAAACGAAGGCUGUGGAAGGGGGAGAAAACGCUGAAACCGAGACCACGGGAGCUGAGGCCACUGGUUCAGAUGCCACGGGAGUGGAGGCCACGGAUGCAAAACCAGCAGUGCAGAGCAACGGAGCGGGCCCUGGGGAGGCAGAGCUCGCAGGCACAGAGACCACAAACAUGGAGGCCACUGGAGUAGAGGCCACAGAUGCGGAGGCCACAGGAGCAGAGGCCACGAAUGCAGGGGCCACGGGAGCAGAGGCCACAGAUGCGGGGGCCACGGGAGCAGAGGCCACAGCCCCGGGAGUCCCCGCCGGCCCUGCCCUGCACCCCGGUGCCGCUGAGGCCUCGGAAAAGCUGCAAGCAGAGCUGGAGACCAGGAUCCGCGGCCUAGAGGAGGCGCUGCGGCAGCGGGAGCGAGAGGCGGCCAUGGAGCUGGAGGCAGCCCGUGGGAAGUGCCAGGCUGCGGAGGCCGAGGCCGGCCGGCUGCGGGAGCGGGUGCGUGAGGCCGAGGGCUGCGGGGCCGGCGGCGGCAGCGCCGGCAGCGACACAGCCCAGCUGAGGGCGGCCCUGGAGCAGGCCCGGGAGGACCUGCGGGCCCGGGACUCCCGCCUGCGGGAGCUGGAGGCGGCCACGGCCUGGCUGGACGAGGCCCGGGCCGGCCAGCUGCUGGCCGAGGAGGAGGCCCGGGGCCUGCGGGCGGAGCUGGCCCGGCGGGACGAGGCGCGGCUGGAGCACAGCCGGGAGCUGGAGGCCCUGCGGGAGCAGCUGGCGGCGGCCACGGCCGCGGGGGAGCAGCAGCGGGCCGCGGCCGCCGAGCUGGGCUGUGCCAGGGACGCGGCCGAGGCCCAGGUGGCGGAGCUGGCCGCCGCCUGCGAGGAGGCCCGGCGGGGGCUGGCGGAGCUGCGGGAGGCCUCGGAGGCCCUGCGCCAGUCCGCCGUGCCCGCCUCCGAGCACCUGCGGCUGCAGGAGGAGGCCCUGGAGCUGCGGGGCCGGGCGGCCGGUCUGGAGCAGGAGGUGGUGGCCACGGGCAAGGAGGCCGCCCGGCUGCGGGCGGAGCUGGAGCGCGAGCGUGCGUGCAGCGUGGCCCUCUCGGAGCACGAGCGGACGGUGGGCGCGCUGCAGGCCGAGGUGGCCCGGCUGGAGGCGCAGCUGGAGGAGCUGGGCCGGCGGCACGAGAGGACCAGCGCCGAGGUCUUCCAGGUGCAGCGGGAGGCGCUGUUCAUGAAGAGCGAGCGGCACGCGGCGGAAGCGCAGCUGGCCACGGCGGAGCAGCAGCUGCGCGGGCUGCGCACGGAGGUGGAGCGGGCUCGCCAGGCCCAGAGCCGCGCCCAGGAGGCCCUGGACAAGGCCAAGGAGAAGGACAAGAAGAUCACAGAACUCUCCAAAGAAGUCUUCAGUCUUAAGGAGGCCCUGAAGGAGCAGACGGCCGCCCCGGUCGCCCCCGAGGUGGAGGCCCUGCGGGACCAGGUGAAGGCCUUACAGCAGCAAUUGCAGGAGUCUGCCAGGGACCACAGCGCCGUGGUGGCUUUGUACAGGAGCCACCUCCUCUACGCCAUCCAGGGCCAGAUGGACGAGGACGUGCAGCAGAUCCUCAGCCAGAUCGUGCAGAUGCAGCGGCUGCAGGCUCAGGGCCGCUGAGCGGGCCGGCGGCCGCCCGGGCUACCCCUCGCGGGGCCCAGCCCCUGCAGGCCCCUCUCGGACCAGCGUCCCCUGGCCCCGUGGGUGUCCGGCUUGUGCACUCCCAGACCAGCCUGGGUCCCUUCCGGCUGCCCCACCCUGUCCCUGCACACCGCGCCCGGGGCCUGACUGUCCCUCCCCAACGACCGGAGAACCUGUGAGUCCCUCCGCCCCCAACACCCGUCACCAGACGCCACCAGGAAUAAAGGCAUACCGUGCACAGGA